AUGGUCUUUAUCGCGACCUACCCACCGCUCGGGCAAGUCACGCAGCUCUCCUGUCGAGAUGUGACAUUCCAGGCUGUUCUCGAGGUUCCGACAGAAGACCCUCAGGAAUGGCAGCUUGCUCUUUGGUACUCUCCUGGGAAUAACUCGGAGUGGAUGGAGGUUGAACUCGUCCCAGUGAACUCUGACACCCACCCUAUUAAGCUACACGACCCUGUGGACAAGACAACAAGGCAGGUCUUCUCGGCGCAACUGAGCAUCCCAGUCUCAGCCGCUUUUACAGUCAAGUUUCGGCAACAAACCAAGGGGGAGAAGUGGCGAUGGGUCCGCAAUGAGCAGGGGGUUGACGACGGUGUCGUUAUUAUUGAUCAGAAACCUACAGACGAGAGCGACCCCGAGGAUUUGCCAGACUUGAUCCAUCGCUUCAACCCGGAUCUUAAGUGGGAAAGUCAGUUGAGCCAGUCCCCGGGAACACGACUAUGGUCUAUUGAAGUUGCGGUACCCAAAGCCGGGGACGGCGACUCGGCAUACGUUGAAACCGAAAUUGGUGACCCAUGGGGACAGUUUGUCAGAUGGUUUGCUUUAGUUCGAACAUCAGAGCCUUGGCUCGCCCCGAGGAAGGGCAGGUCGGAGCUCAGACUUGACACAGGAGCGUUGCUUUGCUCGUUCCUCUCUCCUCGGGGCAAACACAUGGUCUUCCUUGGGAUCAAUGGUAUAAACGAUGUUGCUACAUUGUUUCAAAGCGGAGACAUCGGAGAGCCCUGUCUGUUACUUAAUAUUCGGAGCGACAAUGUGCAUGAAACCACAGCCACCGUCUUAGUAGCCGUCGGCGACAACAUCGAGAACACCAUCGCUGCCGUUAUGUAUCAUGCCCGUACGCUUGUCGCUGUUACGGGUACGCCUGUUUCGACGGAGGUGUCCGGGGAUGUAUUGGAUGGUGACGUCCAAGCACAAUGGUACGAGAAAUGGUACGAUGGACUUGGAUACUGCACAUGGAACUCUCUCGGCCAAAGACUUACCGAGAACAAGGUGCUUGAUGCCUUGGAUACGCUGACGAAAAACAAGAUAAACGUUGCGAGCCUGAUCAUAGACGACAACUGGCAGGACAUAGACUACCACGGUGAUGGUCAGUGGCAGUACGGGUGGAAUGAUUUUGAAGCCGAGCCCAAGAAUUUCCCCAGGGGUCUCAAAGCACUCGUCUCGGAUAUUCGUUCCAAGCAUAAGCAUAUCCAACACAUUGCUGUCUGGCACGCCCUUCUCGGCUAUUGGGGCGGCAUUGCUCCGGACGGGCCCCUCGCGAGGCGGUACAAGACCAUACAAGCUAUCUGCGACAGCACGAGCCAGCCCCGAGUCCCGGACAAGAUCAACCUGACUCUGAUCGCUCCAUCGGACGUCCAAGGAUUCUACAACGAUUUCUACGCCUUCCUUACCUCUUGCUCCAUUACCGGCGUCAAGACCGACGCCCAAUACAGGGUCGACACCCUCUCCCGCCCAUCAGAUCGUCGCGCCCUUAUUAACCCUUACCUUGAUGCCUGGAUGUCCGCCUCGCUCCGCCACUUCUCCGGUAACGUCGUCGCUUGCAUGUCGCAGACUCCCCCACUGUCAUUCCACAGCUACCUGCCGAAUACCCGUCCGGCGCAGGUCUGGCGCAACUCAAACGACUUCUUCCCUAACGACAGUUAUUCGCACCCCUGGCAUAUCUGGACGAACGCGCAUAAUGCAGUGCUUGCGCAGCAUUUGAACGUUAUUCCGGAUUGGGACAUGUUCCAGACCGCGCCGUCAGCCGAUGAAGGCGAGGAUGGAUAUGCUGAUGUCUUCCCUACCCUCCACGCCGCUGCGCGCUGCCUCAGCGGUGGGCCGGUGUGUAUCACGGACGCCCCCGGCCGACAUGAUCUGGGAUUGAUCCGGCAGAUCAGUGGGCGCACCACGCGGGGGAAGACGGUGGUGUUCCGACCGAGUGUUGUGGGGCGGGCGUUGGAUGUGUACAAUGUGUAUCGGCUUGGCAUCAGCGAUCUUGCGUUGCUCAAGAUUGGGGCAUAUCAUGGGAGAUCCGGAACGGGAACGGGUAUCGUGGGUGUUUUCAAUUUGGAGGAGACGAAGCUAACGGAGAUCUUGCCGCUCAAGAAGUUUCCUGGCGUGGUUGAAGGGCAGAAAUAUGUGGUGAGAUCUCAUUCCUCCGGCGCAGUGACGGCGCCGCUGGAGGUGAGCACUUCGUCGACCGGAGGCUCGCUACUAGAGGUUUCACUGGGCUCCAUGGAGUGUGAUAUACUCUCCGCUUACCCAUUGCAUGAAGUGGAGUCGAAAUCGAGGGGACAAGUGCUCCUUGCAAACCUGGGCCUGGUAGGCAAGAUGACCGGAGGUGCGGCGGUAACGGGGACGGUAUUUGAGGUGCGAGAGAACGGGAGGAUGAUGGUGGAGGCCGGGUCCAAGGCUCUCGGAAUUGUUGGCAUCUACAUCUCGAUACUCCCAGACCUCACCGUGGAGGACGAUUUCAUGGUGACAAUUCUUGGCCAACCAGUGCCCCCACACACGGUUUCCGUGAGCAAGCAGGACGGGCAUGUACUCGAGGUCGAUGUUGAGACGGCUUGGGACGAGAUGGGCCUUGAAGCCGGGUGGUCAAAUGAGCCACAGGUGAAAGUGAACUUUGCUUUGGACAAGAAAUAG